AUGAGUGACGAGGCGGUGUUCAUGGAUACGGGGGAGCGGCUCUACGUCCUGUAUGGUUCCGAGGCGGGCAACGCAGAGAGCAUCGCGAAGCGUCUCCACCACGAUGCGACAACCACCCACGGCUUACGCGAUGCCGAGUGCAUGACACUGAACCAGGCGGUAGCGAUGAAACUCUUCGACGCGCAGCUCGCCAAAGACGCGUCCACGUCGCUAUGCGUCGUUAUCGUGUGUAGCACCACGGGUGAUGGCGAGCCACCUCAAAACGCUGCCCGCUUUCGCCGAUGGCUGCGCAACACCACCGGGACUCUUCACAACGUUCGCUACUGCCUUCUGGCCCUUGGCGACACAAACUACAACAACUUCUGCGCCCCUGGCAUCUUUAUGGACAACAAACUUAGAGACAUGGGCGCCGUCUGCUGCUACCCGCGCGGUGAGGCUGAUGACAGCGUUGGCUUGCAUCUAGUCGUGAACCCGUGGCUAGAGGGUCUCUGGGCGGCGCUGAAGCAGAGCGGCACGGAGAGGACUGCAGCUUCGGGUCAGGAAACGCACAGUACGGGAGAGACCUGCAUUGACAUGUCUGUCGCGCAGGAGGCAGCCGUCCUCUACUCUAACGCUUCUCAGCUGUGUGUUGCCAUCGCACUCUUCCUGCACGAGCGGAUCACCGAGCUCGGCGGCGAGGCGGAUUUGUACCCGAUUCAAUACUUCAACCCCAGCACCAGCCUCAGACGACCCCCAAAGGUGCUCCUCUUUGUCCUCGGCACAGAAGACGAUGCGGACACGCUGUGCGAGCAGCGCAGGCGCUCUGCUGAGCAACUACCACCUCUUGGGCCUUUCACCGGUUGGAUAGGGAGCAGUGGCCCCUGUGCCCCACCGCCCGCAGAGGCGGCGGAACUGCAGCGGUGGAUGGCCGACCCUUCAAUCCGCUUCUUCAACUCUUUGUUCGUCUCCCGGAAGCCUGACGGUGCAAGUAGAGCUGCCGCGCUCGACGCCGAUCUGAAAGCCAUAGCCAUUAACUGUAAACUCGAGUUUCUUUGCCGUUGCCAGUUUUCCGGUGAGGUGCCGUCGGUCGCGGUUAGCGCAGAUGACGUGUUCCUGUGGAUGGAGAAGGUGUUGCAUAACCUUCCAGGGGUGACAGCCGAUGCGGAGUACAUUCGUCGGACUAUGGACGGCUCUUUCGACAAUCGCGUCGGCGUGGCCUUCCGUGCUGCGCAGGCGCCAGAGUUACGCAAUGGACGCGCCACAGAAAAUGAUGGUGUUGCCAGGAGCAGCGACGCGGGGCAUGCGUCCUCCAAAAACGGUGCCUCUCACGACGCGGGCGCGUCGAGCAAGACGCACGAGGUAGUAGAGGACCUGCUCACCCCCAUCGUCUUUCUCUACUCGGGCCACUCCUCUGUUGUGAAGCAGUGCGCCAUGGACAUCUUCAGCGGUGCCAGUCAGCAUCACCUGCACUGUUCGAUCAGCGAACUCAGCAACUUUCAACGGAUGGGCUUCCCACGGCGUGCCACGUUUGUGUUCUUUGUCUCUGGUGUGGUGACAGAACCAAUGGCGCGCGUGCUGAAGGUGCUACGCACGCUGCAGGGUCAGAAGAAGAAUAUCGAAGGUGUGAGCUUUGCCAUUCUCGGCAUUGACCAGACCUCCGAGAGUGGCCGGUUUAACGUCUGUGCGCUGGAGCUGGAGACGCUCCUGCUGAAGGUAAAGGCGAGCAAGAUUCAUUGCACAGGUUUGGCAGACUUGGACAGCAGCAGCCUCGUGCCCAUCAUUCAGUCGUGGGAGUCGAACCUCUGGGGUGCCAUCGUGCACACCAUGAAGAGUGCCGCCUACCUUGACAUGGCAUCUCCCAGCCUCCGGGUGCAGCGUACUGUGGUGCCGUUGGCCACCAGCGGUAGUUCAGUUGGCGCAGCUCUCUCCAUUUCCGGCGCGUUGGUGGGCGAGUCUGUGCAUCGCGAUGGGGGCAGUGGUGGCGAUGGUGGCGGUAACAGCCACAUCGAACGCAGCGUAUUUGAGGACUUUGUUGGCGCCAGCGCCACCCCGUCUCUGCUUCCUCUGCCUGGCGGCGUCGAUCCGAGCAGGGGUGCUGGCCUGGCGGCAUCGUCGCUGGUUGCGGUAUCGGGGUCAUCGCUGGCAGGCAACUGCAGCACUCCCACAACUGUUGCGGCCGGCGAUACGCCGAGCUCUGAAAAGACGGACACCCCGGCCGCUGGCGGUGGCUUGGCCGACGCCAUCUUGCCGUGGGACCCGACGCCGCUGAACAGGGAGAAGGCGCGCCACACCCCAGUCGUCUUUCUGUACGCGUCGGCUGGCAUGUCGAAGGCGAUCGCGAUGCACGCGAUGCGGAGUGCGGAGGAGAAGGGCUUUCCGACUGCCGUGCACCCUUUUGCGAGCUUUCAGCUUGUCGACUACCACGCCCACCCGAACGUGAUCCUGUUCUGUGAAGCUGGCGCGGAGGGGCAGUCGAACGGCGGGCGCCGUUUCAGGAGGUUCCUGACGAAUCCCUCGCACCGUCCGGACACGCUAUCGUCUGUGCGAUUUGCGGUGCUCGGCAUCUGCGCCACACUGGCGAGCGUGGUUCAUCCUGCCUUUCGUUGGGCAAGUUUGCUGCUACGACUGCAGGCGAAUCGCAUCUUUCCAGUCCUAAUUGUGCCGUCCAUGUCGCAGCUGCACUCGCUUGCAAUGCCGUGGGUUGACUGUGUGCUGUCAUCCCUGGCACUGCUCCCGUCUUCUGUGGUGGUACCUGCACCUCCCAGAGGCUCCGAUGCGCCGGGUGCUGGUGUGCUGACCAUUGGACCGGCCCGUGUGGGCCCCGCUGGUGCGCCGAGGACGCGCGAUGACGGCCCCGAUAACGACGCCGUGGAAGAGGCUGAGAAUGCCAGUGAGGACGCGGAGCACUCCGUGUUGGCCGAGGUGGGCAACUGCAGCGCCGAUGUCUCGACAGAGCAGGACUCGUGCACCGAGUCGUCGAUGGAGAACAGGAUUGCCUACCGCAUUGACGGUGUCGUUCAGUCGUGGAAGCUGCUGACGUGCCCCACGGCUCGGCAUCCUGUCGUCCAGCUGGAUUUUUCAGUGACCGCGGGAACGCAGUGGGUACCAGGGCAGACGAUCGCCGUCGUUCCAUCCAACAGCACAGCGGAGGUGGAAGCGCUGCUGCGCCUCUUCCGCCUGGCGCGUGAUGAGCCGUUUCUGCCACCUGCAAGCGCUGGCCCCGGAGCCUCCGUGUUCCCAACCUCCCCACUCUACGAGGUCGCGGAUUUUCCGGUCAGUUGCGGGACCGUGCUCUUGCGGUACGUGGAGCUGCGCGUCACUGGCAUUCACAAGCCGCUUUUCCAGUUGCUGGCGCAUCACUGCACCUCUGAGGAAGCGAAGGCGGUGGUACAAACGAUGUAUGCGAAGCUCCUUGUCCACCGCACCCCGCGAGACCUGCGCGAGGUGCUUGAGGCCGUCGGCACCGCUGCCGACUCUCUGCCGCCGUUUCGCCACAUUGUGGAAAACCUUUCCUUGCUGCAGCCACGCCAGUAUUCUAUCUGCAGCUCACACCGCGCCGACGCCACGACACUGUCCAUCUGCUUCAAGGUGGCGGAGAAGGGGCUGUGCACGGGAUGGAUGUACGAGCAAUGCCUCUCUGCCGCGGGUUUGCCGCUGGUGUCCGCCGCCAGCGCGGCUACCACGCACGCGGAAGGGAAAACAGCGCCCUCGGCUGUCCGGCAGCCGGUCCUUCCGAACACAGUAAUCGCUGCCAAGGCACGUAUCGUGAUCCCUUUUGUCAUCCGCGGCGCCUCGGUGUUUUGCAUGCCGCGCGACGCGCUCGUUCCAAUGAUCCUCAUCGCGUCCGGCACCGGCAUCGCCCCGUUCCGCGCGUUCCUGCAAGAGCGCCAGGCCUGGCUAACGGAGCACCAGUUGCGGUCUGGCUGCACUUGUCCAAAAGGGAAGCUCUGCGGAUGCCCUUGCGAGGAGGCGACGCAACACGGCGAGGCCCUGUGCGGCACGAUCGACGUCUUCUUUGGUUGUCGGCGCCGUGGCGAGGAUUACCUCUUCCGCGACGAGUUGUUGCACUGGGAGGACAGCGGCGUGGUUCAUUCGCUGACCGUCGCCUUUUCCCGUGACACGAACGACGGCAGGCUCUGUGACGGCGGCUGCUACGUGCAGGACAAGAUUCAGGAGUGUGGUGUGACCCUCAUGAACCUGAUCCUGCAGCGGAACGCAUGCGUUUUUGUCUGUGGCGACGCCGAUGGCAUGGCGAAGGAGGUGCACAGAAAGCUCCGCGAGCUCAUCCAGGAACACCUCUCGCUCUCCGACGCCGCGGCUGCCACGUAUCUUGAGCGCAUGAGCAAAGAUGGGAGGUACCUCCGUGACGUCUGGUCGACGGGUGUCUGA